AUGUCUACACAAUCUGGUUCUAAUGAACGUUUUGCACAAUUUAAAUUAGUGUUAUUAGGUGAAAGUGCCGUUGGUAAAUCUUCAAUAGUACAUAGAUUUGUUAAAAAUACAUUUGAUGAUUUAAGAGAAUCAACUAUCGGUGCUGCUUUUUUAACUCAACAAAUUACAAUACCAGAAACUCAAACUACUAUUAAAUUUGAAAUAUGGGAUACUGCAGGUCAAGAAAGAUAUAAAUCCUUAGCUCCAAUGUAUUAUAGAAAUGCAAAUGCUGCAUUAUGUGUAUUUGAUAUAACAAAUAAAAGUUCAUUUGCUAAAGCACAAGAUUGGAUUAAAGAAUUAAAAAAGCAAGCUCCAGAAGGUAUAGUAAUUGCUAUAGUUGGUAAUAAAUCAGAUUUAAAUGAUGAAAGAGAAGUUGAACAAGAAGAAAUUGAAAAUUAUAUUCAAGAACAAAAAUCAGAAGGUUAUGAUAUAAUUAAUGCUGAAUGUUCAGCUAAAACUGGUGAUGGUGUAUUGACUAUAUUUGAUAAAAUUGGUAGAGCUUUACCAGUUGAUGAAGUUAUAGAAUCUAAUAAAUCUAGACAAGGUGGUGGUAUUUCAAAUAGAAGAACAGGUGGUGUUGAUUUAAGUAGACCAAGACGUCAACAAGCAGGACAAACAAAUUCAUGUUGUUAA